CCCGUGCCGCCCUCUCCUCAGCCGCCCAGCCCUUCGCCGCCGUCUCCUGGGCCGCCCAGCCCCUUGCCGCCAUCUCCUGAACCUCCCUCGCCUGAGCCGCCCUCACGGGAACCUCCCUCGCCUGAGCCGCCCUCACCGGAACCUCCCUCGCCUGAGCCCCCAAGCCCAGAGCCCCCAACACCACAGCCGCCCUCGCCCAAGCCCCCAAGCCCCCUGCCGCCACCUUCACCCCAGCCACCAAGUCCACCACCUCGCCCCUCACCACCUCCUCAUCCCAAGCCCCCUAAGCCGUCACCGCCCAAGAAGAAGCCACCAUCGCCCAAGAAGUCCCCACCCCCGCCACCGCCCAGCCCUGCACCUGCUCCCAUUCCCGCCUCGCCCUCACCCAUGCCACCCCUUCCUCCCUCACCCCCGGCACCCCUAGUUCUGGAGACCCAGAGUUUUAACCUGGUGAUAUCCUUGAAGCUAUCAUGGACGUCCCCAUCAAACUUUAAAACCCAGGCCGCUAAGCUUUCUGUCGACGUUGCAGCUGAGAUGGCGACCUACUUCCACGUCCCUGCGGGACAGGUCCGGGUGGUUAUCCUAACAACCUCCGCUACGGCAACGACCACUGCUGCUGACGCGGCGGCGGCAACUACUGAUGCGACAAUCCUGGGCGCACGCUCCGCCGCGGUUGCCAUGGACGUAGAGGAAGGCAACGCUGUGCCGUCGCCACAAACAGACGCCAGUACGCAGGACACUGUCACAGUCAAUGCUGCUGCGAGUGCUGCUGCAGCCGUGUUGCUAUCCCCGCCGCCCUCGCCCCCCUCUGCGAUUGUGCGCCUAUUGGCGGUGGCCUUUGUUGACCUGCCAGCUGUGCAGGAUGCGGUGUUGACGGAAGCGGUGUCGAAGUUCUAUGCUAGCCCCCUGGAAGCGUUCAGCAGCAGCUUCAACAGCCGUUGGAGCGUCAUCAGCUUCACGGCCAGUAGGGACCCCGAGACGCCUCCCAUGGCGCCGCUGUCCCCACCGCCGCAGCAGCCGCAGCUACCGCCGCCACCCCCGCCGCCGUCAGAACCGCCACCACCACCACCGCCGCCGCCGCCACCGCCACCAAGCCCUUCCCCACCACAGCCGCCAUCACCGAAUCCUCCAAAAUCGCCGAAACCACCAAAGCCGCAGCCGCCUUCACCACCGCCACCACCACCACCGCCGAGGGUACGAUCCCCACGCCGCCCACCAUCUCCGGCACCGUCACUGCCCCUGCCUCCACCUAGCCCUACCCUACCACCCCUACAACCACAGCCUCCGGCUCCGCUGCCACCGUCUGUAACCGGCGGAGACGGCAGCAGCAACGAUGCUAAGGUCGUUGCGACCAGCGUGCCGCCGCCUGGGAAGGCACCCGUGGGUGCGAACACUGAGUCUGGCAGCGUGGCAGGGGCGUCAGCGCUGGGCGGCGGCAGUGGAAGUGGCGGCAACAGCAGCGUGAACGCAGGUCCCAUUGUCGCCGCUGUGCUGGUGCCGAUAGUCGGGAUCGCUGCGAUUGGGGUGGCGCUGUAUCGCUGGCAGCGCAGGCGGCUGAUAGAUGAGGCUUUCAACUCCAUCAUGACACCCAUUGAGGUCGACGACGGGGAGUUCACACACGCUAGCAGCGCGCCCUCGGGCACACCGCCCGCGUCCACCCUCACCGUCGCCUUUGGCGCAGUGCCUGGGUCACGAACCCCCAGCCCCCGCAGCACCAUUGGCGGCUACCCCGCCCAAAGCUUCAGCCGCGGCGACGGUGGCCCCAGUGCUAGCGGCGGGUUUGGCGAUGUCUUCGGCCACCCUAGGAGCGUCAGCACGGGUGGCUUCCCCGCCGGGAGGAGUGGCGUCCCGCCUUCUCCGCCUCGCAGCCCCCGAUCCAUGUACUCACGUGGCAUGGGUGUGAGUAAUACCAAUGACAUGGAGCCUUCGGCGUCGCGGGUUGUCGUGGUGAAUGGCGACCUGCCUUUGAACUACACGAUCCGCUUCUCGUCUGCGUUUUACGCGGCUACCUACGGUUUGACCGACUUUGGCGUCCGAGAAGGACGCUCACCGAAGUAGGGAAACACGAAGACGGGGGUUGAUGUCCUGUCUCUGUAGACAGCAAGCAGCUGCGAGAGAGCAGCGUGCUGUGAUGGUUGCGUAUGAGCAGAUGCGUGCCGGUUGAUUCUUUGGUUAAUCGUGUGUACUGGAAAAACACUGGCACCGUGGAAGGUGCCGUACAUGUGUAAGUUUGACCUCAUUUUGUCUGCUUGAUGAGGCGGUCUUGUGUGUGCUCUGUGUGUGUGUGACGUGCGUCUUGGCAUGGUGCAGUUUGUCGUACAAUGACGUCCGCUUGCUCCUCCGUGCGUUUCUACGUAUUAGCGUUUUAUAGGCGGACGAAAUCCACGUCUGCUUGCCUGGCCGUGGCGUUCAUGCCGCUCAUGUAGGGUUGUUCGCCGCCAGGGUUUACCGAUGUGGACUUUAUCCGGUUUGUACGUACCUUUCAAAUGCAGACGCACGAUGUGGUCUGCCAUAUCCGUACACGCGUGUCACUUAGUGCAUGUCAUUCACUUUGCUUAUUGCCUAGACCUAUGAUUAGUGCUUGUAGGUGCACCGGCCCAACCAGGGUUCCGUGAUUUCCUGCCGCACCCAGGGCCCCCUCUCUGGCUUUGUCAGGUGAUCAGCCAUAGCGCUUGGAUACUCAUGUGAACCACUGAGGAUUGUGACUCUCCGAAUACUCUUUCUCAAAGUGUGGGAUGUGUGGGUACUAAGAGAUUUCCCAAUGUUGUGCCCGGAUUACUAACGCUCAGUAAGCAGGGAGGACUGGGGGUAAUCGUGGGUUGUCCUGUGUUUGGAGUGGCAGGGAACUCCAGGGGCUCAAUGAGUUGUCUGGGGAGCAAUUCUAGCAAGUAUCCGACGGCGGUGCGCCUGGGGUACAGCGGCUGCUGUAGUGGAAUCUGGCAUGAUGCUUUGUUUCUAGGUGCGCAGUCAUGCGCACCUCACUGCUGCUGGCUGAACUCGCAUUAGGUUACUAGGGACACGGGAUGAUGGGGGUGCGGGAUGGAUGCAGUCAUGUUUGUGCGGACAAAUUAAACAGCAGCCAGGCUUGGCCAGGAGCUUGGUUGCUAUGUAUGUAUGCAUGCCAGUCGGCGGUUGAGCGCACUAUUGAACUGCCUAGUAGGGUAAAUGACACGUGCAGUGUUCGGGACCGUGAGCCCUGCAUGUAUGAGCCGCUGGCAGCAAUGUUGCUGCCUUUUAUUUGCAUACGGGCUGGCGUCUGCUGGCGCCAUGAGACACUAACCCAUGAUGUUACCAAACGAGC